GGGGGUAGGUGCGGUAGUGCGGCGUCUGAUGCGCGCAGAGAGACGACCCUCAUAGCGCCGUACGCACACGCACCAGAGACACCGUAAUGCUCACAAAAUGCUGCGUCUACGAGCCGUGACAAGCCGCUGCAUGUGAAGAAAUUGAAGAAACAGCAAACGACAACGCCGCAAGCUCCUUUUUCCAGAUUGAAGCACUCGCGCAGGCAGCGUAUUUGCCGCAGAAAUCAUCCCACCAGAGCUCCUGCCGAUGCACUUCAGCUGUGCAUGAAUCCUUCCGUUUGGCUUGCAGGUCCAGGAUAAAACCGGGCGGCGUUGACGACUGCGUGCGGUGGAUACCGUUUGUGAGUGUACCUUAUCCCUGUCUCCCGCACACCCCUUGGCACCUCCUUCAGGAUGGCGUUAACGAUCUGCACGAGAUUUACCGACGAAUAUCAACUGUUCGAGGAGCUGGGGAAGGGCGCAUUCUCUGUCGUCAGGAGGUGCGUGAAGAUCUCCUCUGGACAGGAAUAUGCCGCCAAAAUCAUCAACACCAAGAAGCUUUCAGCCAGAGAUCAUCAAAAGCUGGAGAGAGAGGCGAGGAUUUGUCGCUUACUGAAGCACCCCAACAUUGUCCGACUUCAUGACAGCAUAUCAGAAGAGGGUUUCCACUAUCUGGUGUUUGAUCUGGUGACAGGAGGAGAGCUGUUUGAGGACAUUGUAGCCAGGGAGUACUACAGUGAGGCUGAUGCCAGUCACUGCAUACAGCAGAUCCUCGAGAGUGUCCAUCACUGCCAUGUUAAUGGGAUUGUCCACAGGGAUCUGAAGCCUGAGAACCUUCUAUUGGCCAGUAAGCUGAAGGGGGCGGCGGUCAAGUUGGCUGACUUUGGGCUGGCUAUCGAGGUGCAGGGGGACCAGCAGGCAUGGUUUGGUUUUGCCGGCACCCCGGGAUACUUGUCUCCGGAGGUUCUGAGAAAAGACCCAUAUGGAAAACCUGUGGACAUGUGGGCCUGUGGUGUGAUUUUAUACAUCCUGUUGGUGGGCUACCCUCCCUUCUGGGAUGAGGACCAACACCGCCUUUACCAGCAAAUCAAGGCUGGGGCCUAUGAUUUCCCAUCCCCAGAGUGGGAUACUGUAACUCCUGAGGCCAAAGAUCUGAUCAACAAGAUGCUAACCAUCAACCCCAGCAAGCGCAUCACUGCUGCAGAGGCCCUCAAACACCCCUGGAUCUGCCAACGAUCCACUGUAGCUUCCAUGAUGCACAGGCAGGAAACUGUGGAGUGCCUGAAGAAAUUCAAUGCCAGGAGGAAACUCAAGGGCGCCAUAUUGACCACUUUGCUGGUCACAAGAAACUUCUCAGCAGCCAAGAGUUUGCUCAACAAGAAAGCAGACGGCGUCAAGGUCAACAACAAAGCCAACACAGUGACCAGUCCUAAAGACACUGGCCCUGCCCCUGCGCUGGAACCACAGACUACUGUGAUCCACAACCCUGUGGAUGGAAAUAAGGAGUCCAUUGAGAGUGCCAACACCACUAUAGAGGAUGAGGAUGUAAAAGCCUGCACCAAUAACAAUAAAGCCCGCAAACAGGAGAUUAUCAAAGUCACUGAGCAGCUGAUUGAAUCUAUCAACAAUGGAGACUUUGAGGCUUAUGCGAAGAUUUGUGAUCCUGGUUUAACUUCAUUUGAACCAGAGGCCCUGGGCAAUCUGGUUGAAGGACAUGACUUCCAUCGCUUUUACUUUGAGAACGCCCUGUCCAAAGGGAAUAAACCAGUGCACACCAUCCUCUUGAACCCACAUGUGCACCUAAUUGGGGAAAAUGCAGCGUGUAUUGCCUAUAUUCGAUUGACCCAAUACAUGGAUGCUUCCGGCAUGCCCCGCACCAUGCAGUCUGAGGAGACCCGUGUGUGGCACCGCCGCGAUGGCAAGUGGCAGAACAUCCACUUCCAUCGCUCUGGCUCGCCCAGCAUCCCCUCCCAUUAAUGGAAUAUAUCAACAUGUGGUUGAAAAAAGAAAAACAAAACAAAACGAAACGAAACAAAAAAACAAAAAACAAAAACAGUCCUAUCAGCAAAUCGAGUAGGGGAGUCAACUAGCCAACCCAUGACUGCUCUCCAACCUUUUGACCCUUCUAUAAGAAAACGACAUCGCACAGGACACAAGUAUUAGUACAUUUUAUUGUUAUGGCAUUUUAUUAAUGGACAUCAUUCGAAACCACUACCGGGUGGCUGCACACAGUAUUUGGACAUUAUGAAACAAGCAUAUUGACAACAUUUUUUUUGUUUGUUUUUUAAGAUGUUUUUUGGUAUGCAUUUUAAAUCUAAAAUAAAGAUGUUUAAAAUCUACUACUGUAACCCCUCCCAAAAAUUAGUUCUGUAUUUUUAUGUGUAUUUAUGUGUGUGCAAUACAGAAACAUUUGGAAGAUCAGAAUGUUAAAAUUUGAGCUUGCUUUAGUUCUGGUGAUGUAUAUACAUUGUGAUUGUUGAUAAAAACAAAAACAAACAUUGAAAUUGCUAUUCUUGCUAUCAGAGAAUCUAAGAGUUUACGUAAAUCCAGUUUAUGAGCUACAUUUAUGUUUGCUAUGAGCUAAGUCAUACUGUUUGAAUUGUCCGAUUUCAACCUAUGAUACUAAUUUAAAUGUAAAGAAAAGCAGAGCAGCUUACACUUUGCAUUGAGAUAUGUUUGCCUUUAUAUCAGUGAAAUAAGAAAUAAGAGAAUGUAGCAUAUAUGUAAUAUAUGAAAAUUCAAGACUAUUGUGUAGUGCAUGGGGGGGUAUUGUAAGUAAGAUCAUAUGAAACUAUAAUAUCUUCUGAUUGAUUUGUGAACCACUGACUUGUUUGUUUGCAUUUGUUAAUGUUGUGCAUCAGUCCUGUCCCAAAUGUUUCUAAUGUCCUCCAGUAUCACAGAACUGUUGUAAAAACAAUAACACAGCUACGGUUAACAUCCAGCAUAAAUAUCAAAACCUCAUAUCUAGAGGAGGAAAAAUAAACUCCUGGUUGCUGAAGCACCCCUUACAUUUUGUAUAAAAAUGAGAAAAAAACAGGCUCAUUUUUCAUAAUGUUUGUACUUGUAUUGUAUGACUGUAUGUAGGGUUUCUGUUGUCAUUUUAUUUUUGUCAUUUCCAGUGUGUUACUUUGCCAGUUGCACAGAGAGGGUGGAGAUGAUGAAGAUGGAACAAAAUCACUAUAGACUUUACUUUCAGUCAGGUUAAUUGUGAACCUGAUGGUUAGGUUGUAGUCUGGAGGCGUCAUGAAAGUGUUGCAUGACAAGAGGAUCGUAACACAGAAGUGAAGGAGUCAAAUGAGAGUUGGUCUGUAAUAAAUGUUGGGAUGUCUUCCAUGACGAAUCAGUGCUUCUACCAGCCAGCAGACUCCGUACCACCUGCAGGACGCCAGUGUCUUCGUCAUCCUUACUGUUUGCUCUUUUCAAUUGGUUGGUCUCAUGUUUUUUAAAGGGAAAAUAUGAUAAACAUUUCUUUAAAUGAAACGUAUGAUGUCAAUGCAAUGCACCACUCCUUAUAUGGUGUGUACCUGUUGCCAACACGGCAAUGGAUGGCUUAACAUGUUUAAGAAAUAAAUAAAUCAGCUAAAAGGUGUGACAAUGA